GUUGUCAUUGGAACUUGGAAGUGGUUGGAUGAAAAUGGUGAUCGGGAUUCUCGACUAUAAAGUCUAUGAAAUUCUUUGUUUUCAAAUAUAAAAUUUUAUUCUUACGCAAAAUCGAGAUGAAAUGAUUCGAUUUUCAACUCUAGUGAACAGUUCCACUUUGCGGCAAAAUGCAAUAUUCAAAAUUUCUCACUUCAAUGCUACUGAGCUAUGUCAUGCUUCAAUCCUCCAAAGACUCAAGGAACCAAAGCCUAUUGAACAAGUUCAUGCCCACAUUGUUAUCUCUGGUCUUUCUCAGAAUACACGUCUUUGUAACAGACUGAUGAAUUCAUAUGCAUCAUGUGGAGUUAUAACACAAACCCACAAAAUAUUUUCUCUGUUGGAACACAAAAACUUAGUUUCUUGGACCAUAUUGAUAAAUGGGUUUACAAAAAAUGGCUUUUUUCUUGAAGCUAUUGAGGUGUUUGGUAAGAUGGUUAAUGGUGGGUUAAUGCCUAAUGCAAUCACAAUUUCAAGUAUUUUACCUGCUAUUGGAAAAUUAAAGUUGAACCUGAUAGGGAAAUCACUUCAUUGUUAUUGGGUUAAGCAAGAGGAUCCAUGUAAUGUCUUUGUCCAAAGUGCAUUAGUUCAUAUGUAUUCGAAAUUGGGGUAUCCCAUUGCUGCCGGAUACGUGUUUGAUAGUAUGUCUGAGAGGAACAUUGUCUCGUGGAACGCGAUUAUUUUUGCUUAUUCUAAUAAUGGUCUGGUUGAGGAAGCAAUUCGACUUUUCAAUUUAAUGAGAAGGAGCUUGUCAGUGGAUACGUUUACGAUAAUGAGUUUGGUUUCUGCUACUUUUGGCGUUGGGGAUUUACAAAUAGUUACUCAAGUACAUGGUUUAGUAGUUAAAUCUGGUCAUUAUAACAACCAACGUGUUGAAACUGGUCUAAUAGAGAUGUAUAUUGGUGUAAACUGUGUUGAUGAUGCUUACUGUAUAUUCUGUGAGAUGCCUGUAAAAGAUGUAGUUGCUUGGACAUUGAUGUUAACGGGGUUUGUGAAGAGUGGAAACUGGAGUAUGGCUGUGGAACAUUUCAAUCAGAUGAUGGCAACGGAUGAAAUGGAGCUUGAUUCGGUUGCACUGAUAGGUAUCCUUUCAGGAUGCAGCAGUUCAGGAGCUUUGCAGCAAGGCAGGAGGGUGCAUGCAUUGGUGAUAAAAUUUGGUUUUGAAGGUGAUACUUUUUUGGGAUCAUCUAUUAUAGACAUGUAUGUAAAUUGUGCUGAGUUAGGUGAUGCCAGAAGAUUUUUUGAAGGGAUGGCUACGAAAGAUGCUGCAUGCUGGAAUGCACUGAUUGCUGGUAAUGGGAUGCUUGGGUACGGUAAUGAUGCAAUAGACCUUUUCCUGAAGAUGAAGGAUUUAGGUAUAGAUCCAAAUGAGUCAACCUUGGUUUCUGUCUUGAGUGCUUGCGGUCAUGCUGGGUUGGUUGAUCAAGGAUUGUAUAUUUUUGAUAAUAUGGUAGCAAGAUGGAACCUAUAUCCUAAUCAAAAGCACUAUGCAUGUGUUGUUGACCUUCUUGGACGUGCAGGGAGAUUAAAUGAUGCUUACUCAGUAAUUAGGAACAUGCAUUUGCAACCAGGUGUGGAUGUUUAUGGUGCUUUGCUUGGUGCUUCUAAAGCUCAUGGGAAUAUUGAGCUAGGUGUCGAGGUAUCACAGAAGCUUUUUGAGCUGAAGCCACAUGAUGCAGGAUAUUAUGUACUUCUCUCAAAUAUUUAUUCUCUGUCUGGAAAUUUGGAGGAUGUAAAGUCAACCAGAUUAUUGCUCAGAUCGAAAAGUUUGAAGAAGGAUCCAGGCCUGAGCUCGAUUGAGAUCAGUGGAACCGUUUACACAUUUAUGGCGAGCGAAAAGGAUCAUCCCCUGUAUCUUGAAAUUUCUAGGUUUCUGAAGGAUUUAAUCUUUAGAAUACAAGAAGAAGGAUAUGUGCCUGAUUUAAAGUCUGUUUAUCAGGAUGUGGCAGAGGAUCUGAAAAAGGACAUUCUUUAUCACCAUAGUGAGAAGUUGGCCAUUGCUUUUGGAUUGAUGAGAACAAAACCAGGAACAAUCAUACGGGUGACAAAAAAUCUCCGAGCAUGCAAUGAUUGCCACUCUUUGUGUAAAUAUAUCUCCAAAGUUUUCGGAAGAACGCUUGUCAUCAAGGACAAAAACCGCUUUCAUGUUUUCCAUGGUGGGAACUGCUCAUGUGGGGACUAUUGGUGACAAUGUACUCUGAUUAAUCAACAUUGACUCAUCCCAGGAAACCACCUCAUCUACAAAAUCUCCAAGAGUAAUUUAUACUACUUAGUUUUGAUGUUUACAUCCAAGCCAGAUGGUGUAGCAUUUCAAAUGGACCAUGAACACCCAUCAGCAUCAACUUAUCGUCAAAUGAUUCUGACCAGGUAGCAAAACUCCUCUUUCAGAACUCUCUGAGAUCCACUUAUUGGAAGAGAACUACUCCUCUAUCUGCUUUUAUGGGAUACAGAUUUUAAGAUGUUAGUUUGACCGGUGUAUUAUAGUGGAAAAGUAAUUUUGAAGGAACGAACCUCACAUAAGUAAUUGUCGUGUAAGUUGGAAAGGGCGAAAGUAGUGUAAUAGGCCACAUAAGAUGUAUUCAGAUCUUUGAUUUAGUGGAUUCUUAAAUACUAUGCCCUAGUAAUGGCAUUGGUAUCAUCAUCAGCCAACUAAUGGUUAUGUGCUAUUCAUGUUGGAUUCAAGUUGAAGCCGAAGAAAAGCAGACCUAGCAAAUCCCUGAUGCAAAAGCCACAGACACCAGUGUCAAUCCAAAAGCGGCUGCCAUGCGGCUCAACAUGAACUGGGACUUAUCAGAAGAGAUUGAGGAGGCCGAUGAGAGUGAUGACCCUGAAGUUUCUGCAGCUGUGGGAAAUGGAGCUCUGUACUUGGUCUCUCUGCAUUCUCCAUCCUAAUUGGCAAUCUGUUGUGUUGAUUGUGUUAGUGAAGGUUUUUCCAUUUUAUAUCUGAUUUCUUCCCGUCUACCAAAUCUUGAUGGACACAGUUACAUGGUACCUGUGCAAGUGAAAGGUAGCAGGUACUCAGUGAACUAGUCGAGGUUUAGCUAGCACCCAGACACCAUCAUUAUAUUUUUUAAAAAAAUAUGAUUCUCGUGGAAUGAAGCAACUAUAUUUCAUUUUG